UAACUUGCCUCAAGUCACACAGUAUGGGGCUGUAAAUUAAAUUAUUCCCCAUUAUGACAACAUAGAAUGUCAUAAAAACUGUAACAAUGCUGAUUGUCUCACUUUCAAGUUCCAACUGGUCACAGAUCAUUCAGGGCCUUGUGCAAACUGUUUCUAACACUUAUGAAGGAUUUACCCAUUACCUUUUUCCAAGUUUACCCUGCAUUAGAGAAAUGUUGAUCAUUUUAUUAGAAUUCUCAUGCCUGGCCAAAAUCUCCCAUGUUCACCAUUCCACCCACUCUGGGAGAAGCCAUUUUUAUGUAUGUGCAUUUCUGCUUGUUUCUUCUCCCUCCAGCUGGGUCACAGACCUCCAUAUCUAACCUAUAUUUGCUCUCCUGGGUCUCCUGAGUAUAUCACUCUUUGUUCUUUAUCCCCUGCUGCCUCCUCUGUUUACCAUAUCCAACUCUGGACCCUCUGUGGAUGAAGUCUAGAGCACCUCUGAAAUCAACAACGCUGCCUUAUUGCCACAGGGUCUGGCCUCAGAGCCACAGGACUGAUGAGUAACUAUUACAUCAGACAUUACAGGACCAAGCAGAUGACACUCCUAUGCAGCCUACUCACUCAUUUCAAUGAUAGAAGCCAACACGUCCCCAGAGUUGCUUCUUUGGAAUUGCUUUCAGAAGCCUGUGACACUUGUAAUCUCCUGAGUAAACUCCUGGUUCAAGACGACUGGAAUACAAACUGCACCAGAACGUCCUGUCUCUUCUCUUCCUCCCCAAAAAGGUGGACAAACAGAGUCAGCCAGAUGCCUAACAGGGAAUUUCAGCCACAAAAAUGAGCACGUAAUUAAGACUCACCAAAAUCUGAUGAAUGCCAACACCAUAGGAAGUCACAAACUGUAAACAGAAGAGUUUGCACCUGAGGAAACAAGACUUACUGGUCAAUGAAAACAGGGCCCUAUAUAAUACACUGAAUUAAUAACAACCUCAGAGGUAUCAGCAGAUAUUGCCAUCCAUAAAGAAAUUAAUAUAAAAUGGACAUUAAUAGUUUGAUUUUUGAAAUGGAAAUCUGAAUGGAUAGACUGAAAGCCAAAUAACAGUUGAAGAGCUGGGAGUUUCAAUCAUGGAAUUAUCUCAGAAUGCAGCACAAAGAGGUAAAAGAGAUGGGAAAUAUAAAAGGAGCAGGUAAGAAACAUGAAGAAUGGAUCCAUAGGUCUCAAUAUUUGUCUAGCUGGUAUUCUAGGAAGCAAAAGUACUGAGAACGGAGGAGAGACAACCACCAAAGAAGUAUUAGCCAAGAAUUCGCCAGAACUGAGGUGGGAUUGCCUGAAUUCUCCUACACAUAUAUCAAGGGGCCAAUUCUUCAUUCACCAAUGAUAGACUUGAUUUGGGAAGCCGUAAAAGGUCAUUUGAAGCCAUGUGUGGUGGAACAAAUGGAUGAUCAAACCCAGUGCUUGUUGACAGCCGACUUUAAGUUUUUUCUCCUGAGAUCCAGGAACAAAGGAUGGUUUGGGAAAUGCUGAACCCAAUGCAUUAUAACAUCACCAGCAUGAUGCCCGAAGUCAUGCCUGUGGCCACCAUGCUGAUGCUGUUGCUCACUGGCUUUCUUCUUUUGGUUUGGAAUUAUGAAGACACAUCCUCAAUACCAGGUCCUGGCUAUUGUAUGGGGAUUGGGCCCCUCAUUUCCCACUGCAGGUUCCUGUGGAUGGGCAUCGGCAGUGCCUGCAACUACUACAACAAGAUGUAUGGAGAGUUCAUGAGAGUCUGGAUAUGUGGAGAGGAAACACUCAUUAUUAGCAAGUCCUCAAGUAUGUUCCACAUAAUGAAGCACAGUCACUACAGCUCCCGAUUCGGCAGCAAACUUGGAUUGCAGUGCAUCGGAAUGCAUGAAAAUGGCAUCAUAUUUAACAAUAAUCCAACCCUCUGGAAAGCCAUCCGUCCUUUCUUUACAAAAGCUUUGUCUGGCCCGGGCCUUGUGCGCAUGGUGACCGUUUGUGUUGGAUCCAUCCUCACGCAUCUGGACAGGCUGGAGGAGGUCAGCAACGAACUGGGGUACAUCGAUGUGUUGACCCUCAUGCGGCGUAUCAUGCUGGACACCUCCAACGUUCUCUUCCUGGGGAUCCCUUUGGACGAAAGUGCCAUCGUGGUUAAAAUCCAGGGUUAUUUUGAUGCAUGGCAAGCUCUCCUUCUCAAACCAGACAUCUUCUUUAAGAUUUCUUGGCUAUACAAAAAGUAUGAAAAGUCUGUCAAGGAUUUGAAAGAUGCCAUGGAAAUUCUGAUAGAAGAAAAAAGACAUAGAAUUUCCACAGCAGAGAAACUGGAAGACUAUAUGGAUUUUGCCACCGAGUUGAUUUUUGCUGAGAAACGUGGUGACCUGACAAGAGAGAAUGUGAACCAGUGCAUACUGGAAAUGCUGGUUGCAGCACCAGACACCAUGUCUGUCUCUGUGUUUUUUAUGCUAUUUCUCAUUGCAAAGCACCCUAAGGUUGAAGAGGCAAUAGUGAAGGAGAUCCAGACUGUUAUUGGUGAAAGAGAUGUAAGGAUUGAUGAUAUGCAAAAAUUAAAAGUGGUGGAGAACUUUAUUUACGAGAGCAUGCGGUACCAGCCUGUUGUGAACUUGGUCAUGCGCAAAGCCUUACAGGAUGAUGUCAUCGAUGGCUACCCAGUGAAAAAGGGGACUAACAUUAUCCUGAAUAUUGGAAGAAUGCAUAGACUCGAGUUUUUCCCCAAGCCCAAUGAAUUUACUCUUGAAAACUUUGCAAAGAAUGUUCCCUACAGGUAUUUUCAGCCUUUUGGUUUUGGGCCCCGUAGCUGUGCAGGAAAAUACAUCGCCAUGGUGAUGAUGAAAGUCGUCCUGGUUACACUUCUGAGACGAUUCCACGUGCAGACAUUGCAAGGAGAGUGUGUUGAAAGUUUACGGAAAACAUAUGGCUUGUCCUUACACCCAGAUGAAACUAGCAACUUGCUGGAUAUGGUUUUUAUCCCAAGAAAUUCAGAAAAGUGCCUCAAACACUAAAGAAAAUUGAUCAGUACCUACUCUGGAGCAUUUCUCAUCAGUAGUUCACAUGAAAAUCAUCCGUCUUUACCAGGUAGUGUCAUCCUCACAAUGAACAUUUGGUGGCCUGUGCCAUUUUAUAGGCAUACCUCAUAUGGAUAGUCAGCAAGUCAGGAGACAUUGCUCACCUGUUCUUUCCAAAUCAGAGAACAAGAUUUCCGGAGAAAAUAGAGGCCAAGAGUUUAUAGGGAAAAUAGUCAAUCCCACAAAACAUGCUUUGGAAAAAGUAGGUCAUCAGCAAAACUUAUGUCCUCCUUCCCACAAAAUCUCCACUGCCCUGCCCCAAGAGCACUUCAAUGUCUGGGGCAGAAACACUCAAGUCCAUUAGAAAGGCCAGCAUGAUGUCCAGGUACUUAGGGCCCAACAUACCUGUAUGCUAAUGUGAAUAGAAGUAUUUUGAUUUAGUUUUCAGUGGUAAGCUCCAUGACAUUCAUAUUCUUUGGAGAAGUGCUUACAAAUUCAACAUUUGAUGUUUCCUAUGAAUUAUUCAAUUAACUCUUGAUUACCCACAGGUGACCUGUCUGUGGCAGAAUUAAAUAGGGGACUAUCCUUUCCCAGGGUCUCAAUUUAUACCUCAGCCACUCACUCCCACUUCAAUAGACACAGAUUUGGGUAAUAUAAAGUAACUUAGUAAUAGCCUGAGUAAAAUAUAAUCAGGACCACACAUCUGCUGUAGGAAAAGAAAAAUCACCCAGUGCAUUUCAAAUUCAAAUAAAAAUUCUUUUCUUCAUGUUUGCAUCAUUGCUUAGCUCCACUAGUGCUAGUCAAGAGAUAACUUUAAAUAAUGGUAUCUAUGAACUCUUACAAUGGCCCCAAUGAUUUGAGAGGAGAGCUCCUUUACAUCUACAUCUAAUUCCACAACCUAGUGGGUUCAAACCCAUUCCAACCUCUUUCUCCCUCAACAGUUUCCCCCUCUCUUUCUUUCCGUGAUUCCGAAGUUAACAGCAACAGAUCAGUAGAGAACUUGGUCAGGGUAGAGGUCUUGCAAUUAUCUUUUAUCCUACCUCGAAUUUAAUAGUUACUUCAGAGAUUUAACAGCUAUUGAGUUUAUUGAAUCAUUAUACAUAGCCACGGAUAAAAUGCACACCUUGUAAAUUAGUUCUUUAAAGAGAAUCAAGUAUGGAGCCCCGGGUGGCUCAGUCAGUUAAGCAUCUGACUCUCGGUUUCGGUUCAGGUCA